CAACGAUCGAAAGUGAAAGAUACGAUCAGAGUAUUUGUGUCCAAGGUGAUUUUUUUGGCAUCAUCAUUCUUUCAUUUUGUCUUUUCUUUGCUUCAACCAAUGAUUCCUGAAGCAAAAAAGAUUAUUGAACGCACAUUGAAAGUAGAAAUCUCCUCACCAGCCACUUAUCCCGGACACUAUUGAAGGCGAUAGUAAAGCCUCACCAACAUAUUCAUAUAAGAAAAUGAGUAAGAAGCGCAAAAGAAACGAAGAUGCUGAGCAAGGAGGACAGCAACAUCCUGGGCCGAAACGGGUAGUCUUAUGUGAUAAAGAUUCACCGGGCACAACUACUUCUUCUGCCGGCAAGGGCCAGAGAACACAGGAUAUCGUUGCAAGCAAAAAUAGCAAUAAGUCUAUCGCUCCCGCGAAUUAUGGACAAAACGUCAACCGAAGUACCCGAGACAAAGAACGAAGUGGCCCUGCUGCGCCUACGUCUCUAAGAGAACGCGCCAAAGCGUUGUACCACACUCGCAAACAAUUACCGAUAUUUCCCCACGCGGAUGAAAUCCGCAAGCAUCUCCAGCGCAAUGAUGUAACGUUGCUCGUCGGUGAGACGGGCAGCGGGAAAAGUACGCAGGUGCCACAAUUUUUGGUUGAUGAAAAAUGGGCAUGGCCAAGGACGGUCAAAGUCCAUUCGACGGCACUGAAAAAGAAGGCAAAUUCUCAGACCAAAUCGGCAGAUGGUGACAAUGGUCCAGCUCAAAAGGAGACUGUUGUGAAGGAGAUCACGGUUGGUGGAUGCAUUGCCAUCACGCAGCCUAGGCGUGUCGCUGCUGUGUCCCUGGCAAGACGCGUGGCAGACGAAAUGGGGACUCCAUUGGGAAAUUCGUCCCCUGCGAGUAAAGUGGGAUAUUCGGUGCGGUUUGAUUCUUCGACGUCGCCUAAUACCAGGGUCAAGUUCCUGACAGAGGGAAUGUUGCUCCAGGAGAUGUUGACCGAUCCUUGGCUGACCAAAUAUAGCGCCGUUGUGGUCGAUGAAGUCCAUGAACGCGGCGUUAAUGUGGAUCUUAUUUUGGGGUUUUUGAGGAAUAUGGUUUCUGGGAAGAAGGAAGGGAGAGGUGGGCUGCCGUUGAAAGUGGUCGUUAUGAGUGCCACGGCUGACAUGGAGAGUUUGCUUGGAUUCUUCGGGGAGGGACUAAAUAGUGGAAUAUCGGACAAAGAUGGUUCUUCUGGGAUGGAUAAGGGGAAGCCCAACAACGACCAAGCUUCAGACGAAGUCUCGUCACCGUCGUCACAAAAAGUUUCCGUUUGCCAUAUAAAAGGCCGUCAAUACCCUGUCAAGGUUAUAUACUCUCCUGAGCCUGUGCAUGAUUUCGUGGAUGCAGCGCUUCAGACAAUUUUCCGGAUCCACAUGAAAGAACCCCUACCAGGCGAUAUUCUGGUAUUCCUGACUGGCCAAGAAACUGUGGAAUCCCUUGAGGCCCUCGUCAACGAAUACGCUGUCGGUAUGGACCCUGCUUUGCCAAAGGUACAAGUACUUCCCUUAUUCGCCGCUCUCCCCCAAGCAGCACAGCAACGAGUCUUUACACCAGCCCCGCCCAGAACUCGCAAAAUAAUCCUAUCCACCAACAUCGCAGAGACAUCCGUCACUGUCUCUGGCGUUCGCUACGUUGUCGACUGCGGAAAAGCCAAAAUGAAACAAUUCCGCGCGCGCCUCGGUUUGGAUUCCCUGCUUGUUAAACCGAUAUCGAAGUCUGCAGCCAUUCAACGGAAAGGUCGUGCGGGAAGAGAAGCACCCGGUCAAUGCUACAGGCUUUACACAGAAAAGGAUUACUUGGCAUUACAGGAAGCGAAUACGCCUGAGAUUUUGCGCUGCGAUUUGAGCCAGGCGAUUUUGAACAUGAAAGCGAGGGGUGUGGAUGACAUUGUUAGCUUCCCAUUCUUAACCCGUCCAUCUAGAGAGGCCCUUGAGAAAGCGCUCCUGCAGCUUUUCAGCAUUCAAGCACUGGAUGAAAUGGGAAAGAUCAGCGAAAUUGGUGAGAAAAUCGCCAAACUUCCUCUUAACGCACAGCUAGGUCGCGUGCUUCUAGCGAGUGCGGAAUACGGACCGAACUGCCUGCGCAAUGUCAUCGAUAUCAUUUCAUGCCUCAGCGUUGAGAACAUUUUCCUUAAUACGACGUCUGAAGAGAAGAAGGAAGAGGCGGAAAAGGCGAGACGAGAUCUGUAUCGGAGAGAAGGUGAUCAUUUGACAAUGCUUGCCACAGUUAGAGCUUAUGCGAGUGAAAAUUCGGAUCGAAAGGCAUGGGCAAGUAGACAUCUUGUUUCACAUCGUGCAAUGCAGGCGGUCAUGGAUGUCCGAAAACAACUGGUAACGCAAUGUCGACAAGCAAAACUUCUCCCAAAUGACAAGGAUACCAACGGUGCCAAUGGCAAUCAUGCGAUAUCCUCGGAAGAAAACCCUGUCUCUAUCCUAAAAUCUUUCCUCACAGGGUUCGCUUCCAACACCGCCCGCCUCUUCCCUGACGGGAGCUACAAAACAAUUGUAGGCAAUCAGACGGUUGCCAUUCACCCGUCUAGCGUUUUAUUUGGCCGCAAGGUCGAGGCUAUUAUGUAUAACGAGUAUGUGUUCACCAAUAGAAGCUAUGCACGGGGAGUAAGUGCUGUACAGAUGGAUUGGGUGGGCGAGGCUUUGGGAGAAGGCUAGAUGAUUUGGAUUUCCCAACCUGGGCUUUCUCUUUCGAGCAAGUUCUGUUGGAUGCUUCAUAAAUAGACCUACUAAAUAGAGAUUGCUUAUUUCUCACAUCUCAAGUGGCUAUUUGAUAAAUGUACAGAGUAGAUUCGCUAGAGUCAACCAUGCUUAUGGCCCAUAUUUCCCGAAUCAUUAACGAAAGCGAUUGAACAUGUUCAGGGGCUGGUUGCUCCAUUGUUACCCAACACGGCAUUGAAAGUUUUAACGGCGUACUUUUCCGACUCCAAAACUUAGAAUCAUUAUAGAAAUAUGUAAUUGCCUUAAAUGUAAAGUUCCAUCAUGCUAA